AUGGAUACGAUCAGCAUUCCUCGCGGCAUAAUAGUCUUAUUAGUGCGGAGUGUGUGGGUUGCCUUGACAACCGUGACCUUAACUGUCAGCUAUUAUCUGGCAUCCAUCGCGGAAGCUGAUAGUAUCACAGCACGGCAUGCACAGUCGGCCUUGACGCGCGACGUAUCACCGAAUACAACACCGAGCAAGGAAAUGGGAUUUGACUCUGACACUUCUGAUGCGUGCAAUGAGAGGCGGGAAGAAGUUAACGCAGAAACCCCCCGUUCACAAUUGUAUCUAUUCCUACAGGACUUGUCAUCCUGGGGUAAGACCAGAGAACCCGCCUCGAGUGGCACGGUACAGCAACACAAACACAGGCGCAAACACAAGGGUGAGACGCCAGACACAACCAAAACAUUAAGUCACUAUGCAACACAUGAACAAGAUGUACAAGUUAAACACAACGAAGAGGGGUCACAAAACAGCUUGAAUGGUCCUAUUUCGCAACUCAAACAGCAAGCCAAAACUAUCUCACUUGGAGAACAAGCGUGGUGGUGGGAAGGUCUAUUCGAGGUGGACAAGCGGUUUUUCACACACUUCUACAUAUUCGGAACCUUGAUGUCUCUAGGCAGCUUGGUAUCAGUCCUAUAUCUAUACAAAGCCGACGAUACGCUGAUUGCUUCGACAGGUCCAAUCCUGCACGAAGUAAGCACGACACGCCAGUGUCCUAAAACCAGAGAUCAAAUCAGGCGAAUGAAUCUCCCUGCAACCAGUCUGGCAACAAGUCACAUGCUGACCUAA